UGAUAGUGUGGGUUAUUAGUUUAUGAUGAGUGUUCUUGAAAAAUAAUAACAAAAAUUUGACAUUUGCUUUAUUUACAAUUUGUUGUUGGCUGGAAUGUUUUUGUUUUGGAACCGACCCACUGCAACUGCUAGACAAUCCGCAUUGCGCUGUAGAGAACGUUUGGAACAAGACUUUAUCGAUAAACUUGAUAGUUUACAUGAUGGUGCUUUACGUACUGGUUUGGUUUCCCAAGAGGAUUUACAGGAGGCCUACCGAAAAUCUCGUCAUAUAGAACAACCAAAUCGUAUUAAUAUGUGGUAUACGUUUGGUAUAAUGGCUUUUGUUAUGCUUUUAACUCCUUUGGUCUAUCAUACACUUACAUUUCUCUUGGGAGUCAAGUGUUUUUUGCCCAAUAAUCAUUUGGUUUGGGAAGCAACACGACCAAUCAGUGAUUGUGGCUAUUGCAGGGGUGUGCAAGGACCAUUGGUGUUAAAAAAUAUGAGCAGGGAAGAAUUUGCCCCAUAUGCAUAUUCGUCUUUGCCCAUUGUUAUUAAAAAUGCUGUUAGUCAUUGGCCAGCAUCUAAGCAUUUGAAUUUAAAGCUUUUAAAAAAAAUGUAUGAUCGCCAUCCGGGAUCUUUGGAUGAAGAAUGUAAUUUUUUGCAUUUUCACUCUGAUCUAAAAUCCAUAAGAGAUGUUUUCAAUAUGCCAGAUGAAAGAGCUAAUUUGAGUACUGGUUCCACAUGGUAUGUGGGUUGGAGCAAUUGUCAUCUCGGUGUCUUGGAUGAUUUAAGGAAAUUGUAUGGUAGGCCUCAUUUCUUACCAGCAGACGCAGAAAUGUCCAAUAGUGAUUAUGUGUUUAUAGGUUAUGAACUGGGUGCUUAUAUGCAUUUAGACCAUAUACAUCGUCUAAUGUGGCAAGCCCAAAUAAAGGGUAAAAAAAGUUGGCUGUUAGCUCCAACUCCUGAAUGCGACCAAGUGUGCAAUACAUUCUCGUUCGUGGUUGAAGCUGGUGAUGCAGUAUUAGUUGAUACUCGCAUAUGGUAUCAUGGUACAUCCAUACCGAAAGGAAAAAUAUCUUUAACUAUACAAUCGGAAUAUGGUUAAUUUGGCGAUACAAAUAUAUUUGCUUUAUUUCAACAAUUUAAGGCUGAAUAGUAAGAGUUAAAUAAAAAGCUAAAAAAAAAGAUUGUAAUAGGUUUGAUAUAAAGUAUAUAUUUAACUCACAAUGCGCAUAU